AUGGAGUGCCGCUGGAGCAAUUGCACAGAGACUUUCAAAGACCAAAAAGACUUUGCAACGCAUGUGAACAAACACAUAAGAGAUACCGACGCAAGAAGCUGCAAGUGGAAGGACUGCACGAAAGUCUUUGAAAAGAAAAUCAGCAAGUGCACACUGCUCACACACAUACGGAUACACACAAGAGAAAAGCCCUUCAAGUGCUCGCUGUGCUCGAAAGAGUAUAGCAGAUCGGACGCACUGAAUAAACACAUGAAGUCGCACGAGCAGAUAGCAGCAGACGAGAACAUCUUCAUAAAGAAGCUUUCUUAUCUCUACGUGCUGCAGCAGGAGGUGGAGAUAGGCAUAGCAUCGGCGCAAGAAGAGUACAAGCGGCUUAUGGUGGAAAAUGAGCUGCUUCUGGAUUUUAUUUGCAAAAACAUUAAGAAGAUUCCUGUAGGUAAACAAAAUAGCUAG